AUGAGCCUCCUCCUCUCCUUCUACCUGCUCGGGUUGCUUGUCAGUAGCGGGCAAGCUCUUCUUCAAGUGACAAUUUCACUUAGCAAAGUAGAGCUUAGUGUGGGUGAGUCUAAAUUCUUCACAUGUACAGCAAUUGGUGAACCUGAGAGUAUAGAUUGGUAUAAUCCUCAAGGGGAGAAGAUAAUUUCAACACAGAGGGUAUCAGUGCAGAAGGAAGGUAUUAGAUCAAGAUUAACCAUCUACAAUGCAAAUAUAGAAGAUGCAGGGAUAUAUCGUUGCCAAGCAACAGAUGCCAAAGGACAGACACAAGAAGCUACAGUCGUUUUGGAAAUUUACCAAAAACUCACUUUCCGAGAAGUGGUAUCUCCUCAAGAGUUCAAACAAGGGGAGAAUGCAGAAGUGGUUUGCCGAGUCAGCAGCUCACCCGCACCUGUCGUCAGCUGGUUGUAUCAUAAUGAGGAAGUCACCGCUAUAUCCGACAGUCGGUUCGCUAUGUUAGCCAACAAUAAUCUGCAGAUUCUCAACAUCAAUAAAAGUGAUGAAGGUAUAUACAGGUGUGAAGGAAGAGUGGAGGCUAGGGGAGAAAUUGACUUCCGUGAUAUCAUUGUUAUUGUUAAUGUGCCACCAGUGAUCACAAUGCCUCAGAAAUCCUUUAAUGCCACAGCGGAGAGAGGAGAAGAGAUGACAUUUUCCUGCAGGGCCUCAGGCUCUCCUGAGCCCACCAUCUCCUGGUACAGGAAUGGCAAGUUCAUUGAAGAAAAUGAAAAGUACUCAUUGAAAGGCAGCAAUACAGAACUCACUGUCAGGAACAUAAUCAAUAGUGAUGGGGGCCCUUAUGUCUGCAAAGCCACAAAUAAGGCAGGAGAAGAUGAAAAGCAGGUGCUUCUCCAAGUCUUUGUACAGCCUCACAUAAUACAGCUUAAAAAUGAGACUACAUAUGAGAAUGGUCAAGUCACACUCAUAUGUGAAGCAGAAGGGGAGCCUAUUCCAGCAAUCACCUGGAAAAGAGCAGUGGAUGGCAUCACUUUUUCUGAAGGUGAUAAGAGCCCAGACGGACGUAUCGAAGUCAAAGGGCAGCAUGGAAGUUCAUCACUGCACAUUAAAGAUGUGGACUUGUCAGAUUCAGGGAGAUACGACUGUGAAGCGGCAAGUAGAAUUGGAGGGCACCAAAAGAGCAUGUACCUUGAUAUUGAAUAUGCUCCCAAGUUCAUAUCAAAUCAAACAAUUUAUUACUCUUGGGAAGGAAAUCCAAUAAAUAUAAGCUGUGAUGUGAAAUCGAAUCCACCAGCAUCAGUCCAUUGGAGAAGAGAGAAAUUAGUCUUGCCAGCUAAAAACACCACUAAUUUAAAGACAUAUAGUACAGGGAGAAAAAUAAUAUUAGAGAUCGCACCUACAUCCGAUAAUGACUUUGGACGAUAUAAUUGCACAGCUACUAAUCGUAUAGGAACAAGAUUUCAAGAGUAUAUUCUUGCUUUGGCUGAUGUUCCAUCAAGUCCCUAUGGAGUGAAGAUUAUAGAGCUGUCACAGACCACAGCCAAGGUUUCUUUCAGCAAGCCGGACUCCCAUGGAGGUGUGCCUAUUAAUCACUAUCAAGUGGAUGUCAAAGAAGUGGCAUCAGAAACCUGGAAAAUAGUACGCUCCCAUGGAGUUCAAACAAUGGUUGUUUUAAGCAACCUGGAACCAAAUACAACUUAUGAAAUCAGGGUUGCAGCUGUAAAUGGAAAAGGACAAGGAGACUAUAGUAAAAUAGAAAUUUUCCAAACAUUACCAGUCCGUGAACCGAGUCCUCCGUCCAUACAUGGACAGCCAAGCAGUGGGAAGAGCUUUAAGCUGAGUAUCACCAAACAGGAUGAUGGUGGAGCCCCUAUUUUAGAAUACAUUGUGAAAUAUAGAAGUAAAGAUAAAGAAGACCAGUGGCUAGAGAAAAAAGUGCAGGGAAAUAAAGACCACAUUAUUUUGGAGCAUCUACAGUGGACAAUGGGAUAUGAAGUUCAAAUAACAGCUGCCAAUAGAUUGGGAUAUUCAGAACCAACAGUCUAUGAAUUCAGCAUGCCGCCUAAGCCAAACAUUAUUAAAGACACACUUUUUAAUGGUCUUGGACUUGGAGCGGUCAUUGGUCUGGGAGUCGCCGCACUCUUGCUAAUCCUGGUGGUAACAGAUGUCAGCUGCUUCUUUAUUCGACAAUGUGGGUUAUUGAUGUGCAUCACCAGGAGAAUGUGUGGGAAGAAAAGUGGCUCCAGUGGUAAAAGUAAAGAACUCGAAGAAGGAAAAGCUGCGUACCUGAAAGAUGGAUCAAAAGAACCAAUAGUGGAGAUGAGAACAGAGGAUGAAAGAAUUACUAAUCAUGAAGAUGGGAGCCCAGUAAAUGAGCCAAAUGAAACCACACCACUAACAGAACCUGAAAAACUGCCUUUAAAAGAAGAAAAUGGGAAAGAAGUCCUAAAUCCAGAAACGAUAGAAAUUAAGGUUUCUAACGACAUCAUUCAAUCAAAAGAAGACGACAGCAAAGCAUAA